UGCAGCAGCAUGGCCGGCGGCGGCGGCGGCAGCGGCGACAAGAGGGUGGCGGCGGUGCUCGGCGCCGUCUCCUUGGCGGCCGCGGCGGGCCUCCUGCUCCUCUGCCUCCCCGCCAAGAACCUGCGCGACGCGCCCGCCUUCAAGUAUGGAAUCGUUCUAGAUGCUGGAUCUUCCCACACAGCCAUGUUUGUGUAUAAAUGGCCAGCAGACAAGGAGAAUGAUACAGGAAUUGUCAGUCAGCACAGCAUGUGUGAUGUGAAAGGAGGCGGAAUCUCCAGCUACGCCACGGACCCCCCUCUUGCUGGGAGGAGUUUGAUGACUUGUCUUGAUCAGGCGAUGACGGACGUCCCAAAGGAGAGGCACGCAGCCACCCCACUCUAUCUUGGGGCCACGGCUGGCAUGCGGCUGCUGAACCUCACUGAUCCUCAGGCCUCAGACAGUGUCCUUGAAGCCGUGACCUCUACCCUUAAGCGAUACCCCUUUGACUUCCGAGGAGCAAAAAUACUAUCUGGAGAGGACGAGGGUGUAUUUGGUUGGGUCACGACCAACUAUCUCUUGGAGAACUUCAUUAAGUAUGGCUGGAUUGGGCAGUGGGUCCGUCCAAAGAAGAAAACCCUUGGAGCCAUGGACCUGGGGGGAGCCUCCACCCAAAUCACCUUUGAAACGCAGGAGGAGAUUGAGAGCCCCCUCAAUGCGAUGACACUGCUGCUAUACGGGCAGAAGUACAACGUCUACACGCACAGUUUUCUCUGCUAUGGCAGGGAUCAGGUCCUCAAGAGGAUUCUGUCCAAGGUGCUGAAGGCUGAAAGGUAUGCCCUGAGAGUAGAGAACCCCUGCUGGCCUAGAGAUUACAAGAAGAAUUUUGCAAUUGAGAGUGUCUAUGACUCCCCGUGCACCUCUGCGGAAAAGCCUACCAACUACUUCCCCAUGGCCUACGUGAACAUGACGGGCUCUGGAGACCCAGACCUCUGCCGCCAGCGUGUGAGCAGCCUCUUCCGGUUCACAGACUGCACCUACACUCGCUGCUCCUUUGAUGGCAUCUUCCAGCCCAGCGUCAAAGGAAACUUCAUUGCCUUCUCUGCCUUCUUCUACACCGUGGAUUUCAUCCAGUCUGUGAUGAAGAGACGCGUCACUUCGCCAGGUGACCUUGAGGACGCUGUGGUUGAAAUCUGUAACUCGUCUUGGCCCGAGCUGCUUGAGAAAGCACCAGGCCUGGAGAAGAGGUUGCCCGACUACUGCUCAACGGCCAUGUUUAUCAGUCUUCUGAUCAUGAAAGGCUACCGGUUUGAUGAGUACACGUUCCCUGACAUUGCCUUCCAGAAAAAGGCAGGAGACACAUCCAUCGGCUGGGCCCUAGGCUACAUGCUGAACCUUACCAACAUGAUCCCAGCUGAAGAGACCGGCUUCUGGAAGGGGACGGCAUACGGCUCUUGGGUGGGCCUCAUCCUCCUCUUUGUCGCCAUCAUCUUGGUCACGUUGGGGGCCAUGUUCUGCCUGCUGCGGUCCUCCAAGGGGCAUGGAACAAUAUAGGGUCAGCCACUGAACAGAUGGGAAUCCAGGCCGGUGGGCUGGCACAUGGAUGGUGGGAGAUUCCAUCCCUGAUAUCCCACCAUCUUCAGGCCAGCAGAUGUGUUGGCCGUUCCAGGAGCUCAACCUCUCCCUGUGGCUUGUUGGCCUAAAUUCCAUUGUGGAAAUCAUGAGGAAGGGGUGGCAGAAAAAUUGGACCCCGCCUAAAAGAGCCAGGUCUCCACAGGGUUUGAAGAUGUUGCCUUACCAGUGCUGGAGUACAUCAUCUUGUGAAGUUGCACCUUCUUUCUGUUGUGGAGAUCACAACUUCAAAAAAUAAGGGUGUUCCUUUUUUAAAGCACUCCAUUCACAGGAAGGGCUUUUGUGGGGGGGACACAAUCACCUCCUUUUGGACUGCCUGUAUCUGUUACUUUUUUGGGACUCAGGGAUGUUGAGUUCAACUGAUAUUCUCAAAAAUGUGACAAACGUUUUUUCCUCUGCAAGGCUUUAGUCCUCGUGAAGGAGUUGUGUGUUCGUAUUUGUAUGGGGGGGGGGAGCAUUGCUCUUGAUCUCUCUGGAUGGAUGGUGAGCACUGGAAAUGGGGGUGACAAAAUUUACAGGGUAUGGCUGUUUUCCAGCUGUGGAAAGCCUUCCUCCAAACAACAGAGGUGCCUUUUUAAUGUUUUGGGUUAUGAAGAAAUGCAUCCUGGCAAAUUGUUUUCACUGUGGGGCAGACCGGAAGCCAUAGUCGAUUUGAGACGUCAAUGGGGAAAGUGACUGCUGGGAUGUCAAAACUGGGUACCGCUGCCCUCAGAAACAACAUUGUUUACCUCCCUGGGUAACUUUAAGGUCAAAAGCCCAUCCUCUCAACUCGGCAAAUGUGAGACAAAUUGAUAAUGGGCUUUAUACCCUUCUUUCUUAGGCCCAUCCCUUUUGUACCCAGAUGUGAGCAUUCCUAUCACCUGCUGGACCCACAGGCUUAGGGAUGUGGGAUCUGCCAGCUGGGGCAAGGACAAGCUUGGCUGUCCAUCACUGGCAACCUGGAAAGUAGUCCAAGACUUUGGGAACAGCCUUGAUCCUCAUUUGACUUUUGUUCUGCCUCAGGAGAGGUUUCCAGAGAUUUCCCUCUUUCUUGCAUUUCCUCUGGCUACCUGUACACCUGCCAGCUUCUCUUGUCCCUUACUUCAGGGUUCAGGCAGUUCAUCCACCCCCCAUCCCCAGUUCUCACAGGGGCCCUUUCCUCCUCUGCAACUGCAGCUGAUGCUCCUGGGGGAACAGCUAGUCUCUGUUGCUUCUGGCCCUGCACUUCUGUGGCUUCCCAACCUGGUGUUCCCUGAAAUACCUUCCCCAGUGGUUUCCUUGGGGGAAGCACUGGGGACUUAUGGAAGUGGUGAGGGGAGGGGGCAACUGCCUGCAUCCAGCCACGCUACAGUUACCAGCCUCCAGGUGGUAGCUGGAGAUCUCCCGGAAUCACAACCAAUCUCCAGGCCACAGAGAUCAGUUCCCCUGGCUGCUUUGGAAGGUAGACUCUAUAGCAUUAUACCCCACUGAGGCCCCUCCCCAAACUCCACUCAUUCCAGGCUCCACUCUCAAAAUCACCAGGAAUUUCUCAACCUGGAUCUGGCAACCCUAAGCCACUCCCUUCUGCCUUCCCCCUCUCCAUCACUGGCUGGCCUGCCUCAACAGAGCUACUUUAAACCUAUCCCAAGUUUGCUUGGAUUCCUCUCUCUCCAGGCUCAUACUCUGAAAGGGAAACAGCCGCAGGCCUUGUUUUGCCACUUUUGGAGUUUUUACAUUUGCACCUUUGCAGGGAGUCCCCUUUCUCUCCCUCGACACUGGGGAAACCAGAUGUUGCAUUACAUUGGCUCGUGUAGCUGUGGUAGCAACCAUGUCACAAUGGCUGCUGAUGUGAUUCGCCCUGGGCACUGGCAUCUUUGCAAUGGCUACUAUCCAUCCCUCUGUGUUUGUCCCUCCCGGAAUCCCUCCCCACAUCUUUUGAGCUGCAACACUCAACACCCCUUCCUGGGUCAUAAAUCCCAUUGAACUUGGAGGGGCUGAGUAAGCACACGUGCUCUUCAUUGACAAGGUGUCAGUUUACAUCCUGCUGAUCUGUUUGGCGAGCAAGCAAUGACCUCGUACCAACCCCUUGGAAGAAUAUAUUUGGAGCUAGAUUUUUAUGGGUGAAUCUGGUUUCUUUGCUGUAGGAAGAAUACAAAAGGUCAUUCUGAUGUGUUUCUUGUACUUUUUCGUAUUCUUUCUUAAGACGGACAGUUGAUUGUACAUGCCAGGAAUAGUGAAUAUACUGCCUUUGGAUCUUAAUUUGGCUCCCAUGUCACUGAAUGUUGUUUGUCUGUGUACAGUACAGGAAGAAGGUAUAGUUGCCAAACAGUUGUUGAUUUCUGAGGAGUAAAGCAGGUAGGAGAUGGAUCACCUAGCUGCCACACUGUUAUCUUUGACUCUUAGAGUGUCACACCAAAAUCCCAUUCAAAUGUUCUUCAAAAUGAAUGUCAGUUGCAAGAUGCUGUGCUCUGAAUUUGGUAGCACUGGGAUAAAUUUCUCCACCAGAGAAAUAAACUGGGUCAAUAGUCAUCCUAUCUCCCCAACUACAGAUAGAGGAGGAGGGGGAGGGGUGUCUGACAUAGAAUUAUCUCUGGAGGAAAUGGCAGCUUCAUCAAACUACAAUUCCCAGUGUUCUGUGCAGAAGUCACGAUACUGUUGAAUACAGCCAUUUUCCAUUUGGAUAUGUCCCAUCCUAUUCUAGUUGGAACAAAUGAGAAAUGUAUUUAAAUACAUAAACUGGGGCAGGAGAGAGAAAUCUCUUAUUUUGUUCAGGGCUGAUAGAGAUAGAAGACAGAUUUUUUUUUUAAGCCUGCAAGAUUGUGUGCGUGGUGCAAAAGUCAGGGGCUUGAUAUUCCCUGCUCGGUGCCUCCCUCCUAGCUUUUUCUUGAACCAUUGCAAAAAUUUCUGCAAUGCAAAAUCUACACACACACACACACACACACACACACACACACACAGACUCACAGUUUGUAGAAGCUUGUUUUGUGCUAGCAUUUUGUGUGUUUCAAUGCAGACUAACCUCCACUGUGCUCAGAAAUUGUAUAUGACUAUCAAAAGGAAGACAUUGUGUGCAAACUAUUUCCUGUAUAAAAGAGAGAGAAGAAACUUGCUUUAAAAAUUAAAAAACACACAUGGAUUAUCAA